AGAAAGGCAACCUGGGCGUUUUAGGUCCAAACUCCAGCGGCGACUGACAGCGGGGACUCGAGAGAAGCAUGGCUGCGCGGUCCGUUUGCGUGCUGGCCCGAGCAGCUGUGCUGCUGCUAGUUUUCGCCACCAUCUCCAGAUCGAAGGGCCUGAGGGGCAGGGAGCACGAGGGGGCGUCGCAAAUCCCUUCUCGGUUCAGCGAAGAGGAGCGGUUCGCGAUGAAAGAGGCGCUGAAAGGUGCCAUCCAGAUUCCAACAGUGUCUUUCAGCCCUGAAGAGUCCAAUACUACAGCCCUGGCUGAGUUUGGAAAAUAUAUUCGUAAAGUCUUUCCUAUGGUGUUCAGCACCAGCUUUAUCCAGCAUGAAGUCGUGGGAGAGUACAGUCACCUGUUCACUGUCCGAGGCUUAGACCCCAGCCUGCAACCCUACAUGCUGAUGGCUCACUUUGACGUGGUGCCUGCCCAUGAGGAAGGCUGGGAAGUGCCCCCAUUCUCCGGGCUAGAGCGAGAUGGCUUCAUCUAUGGUCGAGGCACUCUGGACAACAAGAACUCUGUGAUGGCACUCCUGCAGGCCUUGGAGCUCCUACUCAUCAGGAAAUACGUUCCCCGAAGGUCGUUCUUCAUCGUUCUUGGCCAUGAUGAGGAGGUGUCCGGGACAAAUGGGGCUCAGAAGAUCUCAGCCCUGCUGCAGGCAAGAGGCAUUCAGCUAGCCUUCGUUGUGGACGAGGGUAGCUUUGUCUUGGAUGGUUUUAUCCCCAGCCUCAAGAAGCCCUUUGCCAUGAUUUCAGUGUCAGAGAAGGGUGCAAUUGACCUCAUGUUACAAGUAAACAUGACUCCAGGUCACUCUUCAACUCCCCCAAAGGAGACAAGCAUUGGCAUCCUUGCAGCCGCCGUCAGUCGACUGGAGCAGACACCAAUGCCUAACAUGUUUGGAAGCGGACCAUUGAAGAUGACAAUGCAGCAACUGGCAGAUGAGUUUCCCUUCCCCACCAACAUAAUCUUGAACAACCUGUGGCUAUUUCGGCCCCUUGUAAGCAGGUUAAUGGAGAGAAAUUACAUAACCAAUGCACUAGUCAGGACCACCACAGCACUCACCAUGUUCAAUGCAGGAGUCAAGGUGAAUGUCAUCCCCCCAGUGGCCCAGGCCACAGUCAACUUCCGGAUUCACCCUUCACAGACAGUCCAAGAGGUCCUGGAACUCACCAAGAACAUUGUGGCUGACGACCGAGUCCAGUUCCACGUGUUAGAUGCAUUUAACCCCCUGCCCGUUAGCUCUUUUGAUGACCAGGCCUUGGGCUAUCAGCUGCUCCGCCAGACCAUACAGUCCAUCUUCCCGGAAGUCAAUACUGUCGUCCCAGGUAUUUGUAUUGCCAAUACAGACAGCCGACACUUUACAAACCUCACCACUGACAUCUACAGGUUCAACCCUGUCAUCCUGCUACCUGUGGAUUUCAAAAGCAUCCAUGGAAUCAACGAGAAAAUCUCAGUUCAAGCCUUCCAGACCCAGGUGAAAUUCAUCUUUGAGUUAAUCCAGAAUGCUGACACAGACCAGGAACCAGUUUCUCACCUUCAUGAACUAUGAGGUCAAGGGGUCAGGUGGGUUAGGGGCACCUGACCUCAGGCCAGGAUUAACCCAAGGGAGAAAUCCAACGUUGAUGAAAUUUUGGGUCAAAACCACAUUGUAAUAAAUUGCCCACCAGCCUUGCUCGCUCCUAAACCUACCCGAGAACAAGACCAAGGUAAAGCAAAGACAGCAGAAAUCUGGCUUCUUCCUUCCUCACGACAUCUGCAUCACCUUGACCGAGUGGCAGUUACUGCCUUCUUGUUCCUUGUCUGUAUUAUGCUGGUUAUGUCACCGCUCCACCCUCCAGACCUGACUUCAAUGCAGAUUUGAAAAAUGCAGAUUUACCUGAUGGGAAUGUUUAAUUUAGGGCACUCUUGCUGGAAUGCCUUUUCCAGGGCUUACAUAUUUCUUCUUGCUACAACAUCCUCUCCCCUUUCACUCCCCUCUCUUCCUGGACUCGGGAGCUGUCUCUCC